UGGAGAAAUAAACUACGGAAGGAAGGGAGGAUGAUUUCGCUUUUUUCUGAAGUAUUUGUUGUCCUAAUCAUUACGGUCGGGCGGUUUUGUUCCUUGAAAUGUGACAUCAACGAACUUGUCAACAAAGAGAGGAAACAAAGGGAAAAGGGCUUAUAAAAAAAGACUACUACCACAGAACAACAUGAUAAUAUCGAGUGCCUCUCUUCCAACGCCUCGAAAUGAAAUUUCAAGUUGUAAAAUUGCUCCUUCUUACUGUAUUUUUGAAGGUCUCUUCAUCGUUUCCUACAUACAAAGGUGUUUUAUAUGGUUACUUCAAUCCAGAAAUUUCUGUUAGAAUUGGAAAGCAAAUGCCACCACACAAUGAGCCUGAUGCGGUGCUCAUAAAUGUUGGUGGAAAUCAGCCAAGGGGUCAACCAGGAUACGGACCUCCAGGUGGACCAAACCCUUUUGGACCUCCAAAUAGACCUGGAAUAUUUAAUCAACCAGGUACCCCAUGGACAUUCGGACAACCGGGAACACCUGGCGUAUUUGGACAGCCUGGUUUCCCUGGAACAUUUGGUGGACCAAAUGGACAUCCUGAUCUAGCGCAACCAGGCAGCCCAGGUGUAAAUCCGACUGUUUUUGGAUUUCCUGGAAACCCUGGAGUCUAUGGUCAACCAGGUAAUCCUGGAGUCUACGGACAUCCAAAUAAUCCUGGAAUUUAUGGACAGCCAGGUAAUCCAGGAGUUUUUGGACAACCAGGUAAUCCAAACAUCUAUGGACAACCCGGUAUAUUUAAUUCACCAGAAGGACCCAAUACUUUCGGAUCUCCUGAUGAACCAGGAGUAUUCUUAAAUAAUCCAAAUAAGUUUGGAAACCCAGGUGGAUCAAAUGGAUUCGGUGGAAUUCCAGGAACGGUUCAACCUGGUUCGUUUGUACCCGGAAGGAAUCCUAAUAAUAUUUUGCCAAGAAGAUUUGUUCCCGGAGAAUUCAUGCCCGAAAAUGCAGGGGGAGUUCCACCAAGAGGAAUCUUUCCUCCAACAGAUAAAGACCCAUCUAGAUCCGGAAACUAUCCGAGCAGACGUAAUGGGGGACGUGAAGUAUAUGAUGACCCGGCUGCUGAAUUUUUUCCAAUCAUAGACAGGACAUCUUGAAGGCACUAGAUGGUAUAUUUUUUUUAAUUGGGAGAACAAUAUUUUGUUGGUGGCGAACAAAUUUUAUGGAUUACAGGAAAAAAGCUGGAGUGUUCCUAAAUACUGAAAUAUUAUAAGAAAAAACGAUGUAAAAAUGACGACAAAUUAUC